AUGGGCAAGAAAGACUCUGAAGCCUCUUCUUCCAUUCUUCAAUCCUUGGAAUCGUCAAAACCCAAAGACUGUGAGGUAUUAUGUGCUCACAUUGAUGAUUUGUUAUUUCAGGAAAGCCGUAAAUCCAAAGAGCAUAACCUCCGAGAAGAGAUUCUCUCAUUUCCCAAAUCAUCAUCAUUGAAACCAAGCCUAACCUCCACCUCCACGACCACUCGAGACACCACCACUGGCAAUGUGGAUCGAGGCAAUUAUCAACCAAGUCCACCCUCCGAUUUCCAUCAACAAUGUUUGCAAUAUUGUGUGGCACCAAAUUCUGUGCUGAAUCUUGUUUCAUCCGAGUGCAUCUUGAAUGCGUCCAAUGAGAAGAAAGCUAACGAGUGUUUGUCGCCUCAAUCCAAACCAUACAAGAAAACACUCAAGAAACUUUUCAAGAAAUCCUCCAAAGAGAAAUAA